CUGUUCUAUAGUAUGAAACAUUCUUAUCAACUUGCAUGAUCGUAUAUAUAUUGUCAGUUCAAAACCAGCGCUAUACAUUGUUCUGACCCCGACGGGUCUUACGUUUAUUUCCUACGUUUUGAAGUAGUCAUAAUGUUGUGAAAAAACAGUACGUCAAGAACAUUUUACAAUUGAAAAAUACUCUUUCAGUGUUCGAUAUUUGAGUUAAUUCUGAACAAUCGAAAGAACAGUUGACGAGUGUAAUUACGGGGCGUAAAAAUGUAUAUUUUUACGAGUACUUUUGCUUUAAUAGCAUUAGGCAUUUCUUGCAUCGAGGCUGUCAAGGCUCCAACAUUUAGUAAUGCUUAUACGGUUAAAGGAACUUUAUAUAUCCCAUAUGCUGAAAUCCGUGAACCAUUUUAUGCAUGGUACGAUGAUACAAGUGGUUCUAGUAGGAUUGAUUACUAUGGAGGAAUGGUGAAGACUUUUCAAUUAUCGCAUAAGGGGUCCUAUGGAAGCAGUAUAAAGCUUGCUCCUAUCACUACAGAAGCGACUACCAACCUUGAAACGUGCCUAGAAGUAAAUGGCACUAAAAAUAUGAAAAUUCGAACUCAAGCCAUUGUUCCUGACACAACUGGAAUGGAGUGUAUUGGAGAGGAAGAAGUCAAUGGAAAGUUAUGUGAAAAAUGGAGGCUUGAACAGGAAGUUGGUGGAAAAGUAAACAAGUAUACUCUUUGGAUACAAUAUAAGAAGUCACCGCGUGCACCCAAUAUGAAAGAACCGAUUCCAGUGAAAUAUGAAAUGAAAGGAUUUAACAGUCUCUUAGGGUCCCACUAUGAUCAUUACUAUUUAGACUACGAUUGGUACUCCUUUGAUAAACCCAGUUCUGAAGUUUUUGAAAUUGGAAAAAAUUUCACAUGCCUUGGUUUUCCUGGCCCUGGAGACAAGCACAUAUAUACAUUCAAUCCUAUGCGUGAAUUCAUCCAUAAUUACGAUAUUCAUGUAAACGAUGCAUUUGACGAUUUCAAAAAAAAUCAUGAUAAGAAAUAUACAGACGCGAUGGAACAUUUGAAGCGUAAAGAAAUAUUCAGACAAAAUUUAAGGUUUAUUCAUUCUACCAAUCGAGCUAAUAAGGGUUACCAGUUAGUUGUUAAUCAUUUGGUAGAUCGCACUGACUUAGAGUUAAAGGCUUUACGCGGUAAGCAAUAUACUGGCGGCUACAAUGGUGGCCAAGCAUUCCCUUACGACAUCGAAAAAGAACAGGCAGACAUUCCAGCUUCUCUAGACUGGAGACUUUAUGGUGCUGUUACUCCUGUUAAAGAUCAAUCCGUUUGUGGAUCCUGUUGGAGUUUUGGUACGACUGGUGCCGUGGAGGGAGCAUACUAUAUGAAAUAUGGUAAACUAGAGCGUUUGUCUCAACAGUCUCUUAUCGAUUGUUCAUGGGGUUUUGGAAAUAAUGGCUGUGAUGGUGGUGAAGACUUCCGAGCAUAUAAAUGGAUCAUGAAACACGGUCUACCCACCGAAGAUGAUUACGGUGGUUAUAUUGGACAAGAUGGUUAUUGUCAUAUAGAUAAUGUUCCGAAAAUGGCCAAUAUUACGGGUUUCGUGAAUGUUACACCAAACAAUCCUAAUGCUUUAAAACUUGCCAUCGCAAAACAUGGACCAAUUUCAGUUGCAAUUGACGCUUCUCAUAAAACAUUUUCGUUCUAUUCUCACGGUGUAUAUUAUGAUUCAACUUGUGAUAAUACUGAGCAGUCGUUGGAUCACGCUGUGUUGGCUGUUGGUUAUGGUAAAUUAAACGGAAAGAACUACUGGUUGAUUAAAAAUUCAUGGUCCACCUAUUGGGGUAACGAUGGUUAUGUUCUUAUGUCUCAAGAUCGGAAUAAUUGUGGAGUAAUGACAACUCCAACAUACGUUACUAUGUAAGAAAAAACAAAUUAUACUGUUUUUAUGUUCGUUUAAGAAUAAGUUCUUAAAAAGUUGGUUGUAUAUUUUUUUUUAAAUGUAUCAUUUAAUCGUAAGGAAAUAUAUUGCGAAGUGAGAAGAAAAUAUAAAUAAAAUAAUUUUCCAAGUAAUAUUGUGUACUAAGUACAAAUAGCAUAA